GAGUAAGACUUCAUGUUCUCUCUAUACAUUUCACCCACACCACAUAGUGAUAUUGCUGUGACUAGCUCAAGAGAAAAAAUGGCAGGACUUAAAUCUUUCUUUCUUUGUGUUUUCAUUGCCAGUUUUUGUGCCAUGGCAUCAUCAUCUUCAUCUGAAGCAGUCAAGGGGGCUUAUUGGCCUUCAUGGAAUCUGAAUUUCCCAUCGUCGGCCAUUGAUACAUCUUUGUUCACUCACAUCUAUUAUGCAUUUUUAGAACCUAACAAUGUCACUUUUAAGUUUGACAUACCAUAUUCAACGGCUAUGAUGCUCGUAAACUUCACAUCAACUCUUCAUAUGAAGAAUCCGCCCAUGAAAACUAUAUUUUCUGUUGGUGGGGGGGAUGCAGGCUCAUCGUUGUUUGCUCGCAUGGCUUCAAGUUCUUCCUCAAGGAUGAGUUUCAUUGACUCCUCAAUUGAAGUGGCACGAAAAUUUGGAUUCGAUGGGAUUGAUUUGGAUUGGGAAUUUCCUGAAAACCCCAGAGAUAUGGAAAAUUUGGGCCUCUUAUUGGAUGAAUGGCGGACAGAGGUCAAAAAAGAGGCUGUGGCCACCUGCCGGCCGCCACUCUUGCUUACUGCCGCCGUCUACUACGCCUCCGACAUCUCCCUGAACGGCGUGUUCCGAUCGUACCCGGUGGCUUCAAUAAAUAAAAACUUGGAUUGGAUCAAUGCAAUGUGUUAUGACUAUCACGGUUCAUGGGACACUUCAACGACCGGAGCUCAAGCAGCCCUGUUUGACCCAAAAAGUAACAUCAGCACAAGUAAUGGGCUUGGAUCAUGGAUACGGGCCGGAAUCCUUAGAAGUAAGUUGAUCAUGGGCUUGCCACUCUACGGGAAGACGUGGCAGCUCAAGGACCCUAGAUCAUAUGGUGUGGGGGCACCAGCCGUUGAUGUGGGUCCCGGAGACAUGGGAGUACUCACUUUCUUCCAGGUGGAGAUGUUCAAUAGGGCUAAUAAUGCCACCGUGGUGUAUGACGUGGAAACCGUGUCCACGUACUCUGUUGCAGGGAGUAUUUGGAUUGGGUAUGAUGAUCCUAGAUCGGUAACGGUGAAGAUAGGGUAUGCUCAGGCCCUUGGGCUUCGUGGGUAUUUCUUUUGGGCCGUCAAUGGUGACUAUAAGUGGAAAAUCUCAAGAACAGCUUCUCAGCUUUGGUUUCUUUAAGUAACUGCCCGGAUGGAGCUUUACCUUACCCUUGCUGGUUUGUCUCCAUGCACAAGAGGAACUUUCAAGAGUUUUGAAAGGAGUCUUGAAGGGAGAGAAGCUAACUUUUCUAGGAAUUUAAUUUAAUUUUUUUUGUGUGAUUUGUAAUAAGCUAGUGCUUAUGCUAGCAUUCACGCACACUCUCACACAUUGGCUGGAUUACUUCGCAAGCUUCUCUUUGUUAAUAUCCUUCUCAAUGGAAUAUAUAGGACCCCACAAAUUUAGAAAACCCACACGAAAGGGAACGUGC